CUGAGACUGAGCGGUGCGGCGAAGAUGCUGGGCUUCCUCCACGGCCAGCGCACCCCACGUCUGCAGGGCCAGGAGGGCGACAGGGUGAGAGACGGCCAUAGACGCCCCAGUGGUGUGGAUGAGGCGUGCUACAUCCAGCUGCCGAGAGUCGACGAGGGCGACGCUGCCGCACAGCAGGCCAUCCACCACACACAGAUGGGCCAUCCCAAGGUCACCCUGCAAUGCCCUUGUGCAUCUCUGUGUGUGUGGCCAUCGGCCUGUGAUGUCUGUGUCCCUCCCUCCCUCAAUGCAUUGCAGAUGUCAGCGUCGGCCUCGAGUGAGCACAUUCCUCUGCUGCAGGACGAUGGCCAAGGGCUGAUGGAGCCCCAGCUGCCCGACGUCACCGAUGACAUCACCAAGGCACCGAGACGCUUUGAGCAGGUGUGAUGCUGACAGCGACACGAGCACACACGCUGAGAGGUCUCUUGGACGUCUGUGUGUCAUCUGCAGGUCUCCCUGGUGGGUGCCCCGGCCGCCGACGAUUGGGAACCGACUCAGUCGCUGAGAUGGAGCAUCAGGGAUGCCAUCGAUGCAUCAGAUGCGGAGGGUGUGCGGAAGGCCCUCGACGGUCUGUCCCCAGAACAAACCGAGAAAGUGCUGACGACUGGAGAGUGGAUUUGGGGGUCUGCCAUCCACCACGCCGCACGUAUGCAUCGUCGCAUCAAUGGAUACACAUGAUGAAGCCACGUGGCCCCUGUGUGUGCUUCUCAGGGAAGUGUUCUGACGUGAAGGUGUUUGAGGUGCUGCUGGACAACCGAUGCCACCUGCUCAACCUGAAGGAUGAGGUAUCCCGCUCGACAAUUACACUCAUUUUGCCCAUCAGGCGACCGAUGUCUUCACUGCUGCCUUCAUAUGCUGUGUCUGUAGAGUGGCCGGACGCCUCUUCACGUGGCAGCAGAGAAAGGGUCAGUUGGUGUUGUGGAGAAGUUUGUCGAGCUUGGCGGAAAGGGACUGCUGGAAGCUCCUGGCAACGUAAGGACGAGGGAAUCUCGACUGGUGCAUUUAACAUUAUGUGUCUUCUUCAUUUUGUGUCUGUAGCUUGAUAGAACGCCUCUCCAUUUGGCAGCAGGUCAGUCACUCCUGCAAAUGACAACCACAAGUAAAGAAGUCUUCAACGUGUGUCUUUGUGCUCCUCUGCAGAAAAGGGCCAUGUCGAUGUGGUGGAGUGGAUGUUGAGGGUGGACCCACAGCUCUUGAAGAUCAAAAAUGACGUAGGCUGCACUUAUCGAGCCUCAUGCCGGAACUGUCCCUCCUCGUCACUCUGACAGUAUGGAGAGACGCCUCUCGAUGAUGCCCUCGACAGAAAGCACCCGAAAGUCGUCGUUGCCAUGUUUACCGUGGCUGGAGAUGUGGUCAUGGAGCUGCUCGAGACAAACAACGACAGUCUCAACAAGAUGUUGCAGCCAGAGAUCUUUCCCACAGUGCUUCCCUUUGUCAAACGCGGCAUUGCGGAGCGCCUUCGAGAAUCCGAUUCGCUGGGCCUUGACGGUCUCAGGUGGUGCUCUACAUUCCGCAAAUUGACCAAGUCUCGGCAGAAUGACUCCCUCACAGAGUGAGAUUGACCAGAUAAGAAGGAAACGCAAAUAUGCCCCCUCAUUCCCCUGUCUAUGCGUGCAGUGAUUUUGAGAAGACAGCGGGCUGGGCGGAGGUAAACAAUCCAAAAAACACGUAACGUCCUCAGCUGAGGCUCAGCAUUUGAUUAUCCAAUGUCUCAGGCGCUCACAGCCAAUUUCUGUAGCGACACCAUGUCACUGGACUUUGGACAGUCACUUGCAGGCAAAGAAAAGGAGUGGUUUACGCUGCUCGAGUCUGCGGAACCCCUGACUGUCGUCACUCAAGGUGAACCUCGCAAGAUGUUCCCCCCUCUCUGUCUUGUCAGUCCGUUGAGGUCUCCACCUUUCUCCUGUUGCCAAUGAUUGUGACAGCCAACUGCAUCUCUCUUGUCGAAAAGCAUUGGCAACCAUCGUCGAAGAAAACAGUUUGCGUCACAAACAUUGCGCCCUGUGAUGUCUUCAUGGCCCGCGUGCUGUCAAUGCUCCUGAUGUAAGACUUACAAUGUAGCAUGCUGGCAGGCAGAGAGGAACAUCUACAUUGGAGAGAGACACAUGCACUUCUAUCUGUUGCAGGGUGGCCUUUGUGCUGCUGCACAUCGAGUCGAUCAAGGGAGACAGCGGCAUGAUGAUGGCGGGGGUGUGGCCGGCGGUGUGGCUGUGGGGCACAGUGCUGACCGGGGGUGGCUUCAUACUUCUGGAGGUCUUCCAAGUAAGACAGACGAGACGAGACAUGACUUUGAUCCUCCUCUGUGUGUGUGCAGGGCAUCCGUUUGAAGGCAGCGUACUGGGAAGACUCCUGGUACACGUCAGGCGAGCAGAGCCAACCGUUUGGCGACUUGAUUCGUGUGCUGUCGGUGUGUGCGCGUGCAUGAAUUAAGGAAUGCCAUCGACUGUGCUGCGGCGCUUUCGAUCGCUGCCUUCAUUGCCAUCCACUUCAUCGGCUGGUCCUUGGAAGCAGAGGUCGGCUCGGGCGUAGUCGUCGCGCUCCUCUUUGCGCUGCGUCUCCUGCAAACUGCCACCCUGCACCCAACCGUCGGACCACUCAUACUGUCAGUGAGGAGAACCACACAUACACACAGAGAGAGAGAGAGAGAGAGAGAGGGCUGUAAUGUCUCUCAUGCUGUGUGUGAUGUGUGUGUGUCAGGCCUGUGGUGAGGAUGUUUUCGGACAUCAGCAUGUUUCUGUGUCUCUACGUCUACAUCCUGCUGGUCUUCGCGGUCGUCUUCACCCUCCUCUCGUCCGACGAAGACCACCAGUACUUCGGCUCCUUAGCCAAAGCCAUGCUCACACUGUACUCGAUGACACCGACACACAGACAGAGAGCGCCAGUCGUCAUGCUGUUGGUUGGCUCCAUUAGUUUCUACGGUGGUCUUGGCGACUUCAGCGACCCAUUGAACAACGCCAUCGAGAGCCACGACACGCUGGGGGCCGUCCUGCUGUUCACAUACGUCAUCCUCUCGUCCAUCAUACUCGUACGUCGGCACCACUCAGGCACUCAGCAACACACAAUGGAUGGUCCUUGUCUUACCUUUCUUGUCUCUCUCUCUUCUGCCCGCGUACAUCGAUAGCUCAACUUGCUCAUCGCCAUCAUGGUGAGAUCGACAGAGAAGGAAUCGUGGCACAUAAUCAAUCUAUGUGUAUGUAUGUAUCCGUCAGGCGUCGACGUUUGCGGCCAUCGAGGAGAAGCAAACCGCCCAGUACCAGUGAGACAACCAACUAGACAGCCGACAAGCGAGGCACAUAGAAGAGAGGCACAUAUAGGGCCUCUCUUUUUCUCCCUUUGUGAUGAGUGCAGGCUGCUGCGCAUUCGCGUGUUGAAUGAGUACCUGACAAUGCCGCACCACGAGCGCCUGCCCCCGCCAUUCAACCUCAUCGGUCGGUGAGACAAGACACAUGAACUGUAGCCAUCCAUCACAUGUCUGUGUCUGUGAAGGUGUGGUUGUGUCGGAGCCUUUGCGAUAUGUCGCAUCCUUCAUAAGCGGACGCCAGUCGGCACUCUGCCGCAUUGCCUUCUGGUCGAUGGAGGCCCUGUACUCCCCAAUCGAUGUGCUCCUUGUUGCUGUCGCCUUCACACCCCUGGCCAUCUUUAAAGGGCUGGAGUUGGUCUCACGAGCGAUACGGGUGGGGAACUCUUGUGGGGCACUGUGCGCAUCCCUUCUCAUUCCCCUCGUCAUUCUCCUGACGCCCCUUUUUCUUCUGUACCAAUACGCCCAGCAAGUGAGGGUCAAAAAGCACACGAGAUGAGACAAUCAAUGACCUCGUCUCGUUUCUCUGGAAUCUUCGAGGGGACCCCUUCUUCACGUCUGACGCCACCGAAAGUGACAGUUCGGAGACGGCUGAUAAGAGGCGUGAAGCACGGGACGCAUUCAAGGACAGCAUCGACAAGUGGAUCGAGGCAGCGGAUCAUCACGACUCGAGCGUCCCUGACGUCAUGACAGGUGAGACACACAGGCAAUCACAGCCAUAGGAAGGGGUCUGUGCCUGUCUGUGUACUGCAGCCCUCAGGCACUUCAAAGCGUACGUCCAAGAUGAGAUUCACUCCGGUGAUAAAAAUCAUCUGUCUCAUUUCACUCAGGAACUCUUUCUCUCUCUCGUCUUCGAAUGUCCCAGUUGUGCAGCAGAUGGACAAGCGACUGACGGAACUGGAGGCGUACAUCAAGGCCAAGAUCAAAUAGCUGGCGUGGGACAGCGACUGGCUGCACGGCCUCUAGAUGAAGAACAUACACCAAAUGUGAUGAAUGGCCUCUGCGGACACCAAUUGCCGACGUGCCUGAAUCUGUGUGACGCCCUUUCACCCUUCCAAACUUAUACCUGGUCACAGAGUGUCGAGCUGCCGAAGUCGAUUUUUCACGUAGUGCAACC